AUGGGUGCUGUCGCACCAGCUUUUAUGUCCCAAAGCUUGCCAUCCACGGUCCCGGCUCGUCCACCUGCAUCGGCUAUGAACGGUGCGUCAGUUCCCGCUGCGGGACAGCCGCAGACGCUAGACAGUGCAGCACUCCUUGCUUACCAGCAAGUGCAGCAGCAAGCCUAUGAGGCAGAUAGCGGUUCCUCCUACGGACCUUCGGGCCAAGUGCUACCGCAGACCCGGGACCUGCCCACAGAGGUGAAGUCGUUUGCUGCUCGAUUCAGCAUUGAGGACCAACUUCAAAAUCGAUUGCUGGAGGCCCUGACCAAACGUGGUGACAAGUGGGAGGCAGAUCUCAAAGAUUUCACGGCCUGCCUCUCCCGAGCUCGCAGCCCUGCCGGGUUUCUCAUCGUGAAGCUGUCGGAUCUGGAAAAGGCCAUCGCUGCCGAGACAGGUGCAAAUCCAGCGAAGCCCCGGGAGCUUUGUGCCGACUACCGGCGUGGGGCGUGCACUCGUGGAGUGGCAUGCAGGUUCUCACACGAUGUACCCACAGGAUUGGAUAAAAACAACUUUGCCAAACUCAUUGCCCAGGCGCAGCAGAAUACCUCUUCGGGUUUCAGCAGUGGUUUCAGUGGUUCAAGCGCUGCAAACCCAGCUCCAGCAGAAGGUUUUGGAGAACGCAGAAAGGAGACUGGUCGGAAACCAUCUCCAUCCUCCUCCCGGUCCAGGAGGAGCCGCAGCCGUCGUCGGCCACGCCGCACGAGCCGGCAACGUGACAGCCGAAGCCGCGGACGAAAGAGGCGAUGA